AAUGGAGAAGAAAAGUAAAAAAACUGAAUUGCGUAUAACAAAGCUGACUAUUCAGGAUUGUUUAGGCUGCAAAAAUGUAAAUAUUACAUUCCCGGAAGUGGAUAACGUGCAUCUAUUGCUCUUCAAUCUGGCCAAAACGAGUAGAGACCAAGUAUCUUCAUCAUCGCGAACAAUUACUCCAGUUGGGCAGGCUCUCAAGCUGCUGUGCACCAAGGAGUAUGCAACUGCAGCCAGCUUGCAACACUUGCCACUGCUCGAAAUUGGUAAAGGCUGUGUGAAAAUGUCGUUUAAGCUCAAGUGUUUUGCCGACAUUGCAACACAACGCGAGUCGGAUUCAGAAAGCGAUUUGGACAUGAAUCCGAGCACUUCAACCCAGGCACAAGUGCGUCAGCAAUUGCGAUGUGAGCGUCGAGGAGCUAACAGAUCAGGUCACGAUAUUGAGUAUAAUGUGAUAGUGAUUCGUCGAUUCGACGACGUCCGAUUCCUUGAUCGUGUCAGUAUUCAGAUCGAUUCUGGAAAUUAUCAACAGUUUGCCUUUGUCGACUACCAUGAUACAUUUUUUGUGCAGCCGCAACAUAAAAGUGAUUCAUUAGACAAUGUGAACAAAAACUGCGUUACCAACUGGCUGAAUAUCAUUCAGUCCAAUGCGAAUUUCUACAGGCAACUCAAAAGCGAUGGCAAUCCCUUUGAGAACUUUGCCAAACUCUUCAACUACCCGGACUAUGAGCAACCGGAGCUUUUGGAAAAGAUGGCCACAAAAUGCCUGGCGGCCAUCGAAAUAGUGCGACUCAGCGAACGCCGCUUUGUGUUGCAAAUCUUUGAGCAAGUGCGUCAGAUUUUUGAAUUCAUCACCUUUAGUGAGUACACCGUGUGGUUCUUUGUUCCACGUCUGAAUAUGUACACUACAUUGGAUCAGGUGAACGUGGCUGACUUUGAUUUACACAAUGUGCGAACAAGAAUCAAAUUGAGCAGCGAUAAAAACAUAUUCUUUUGGCAUUAUGCCGAUCAUAACAUCAUGGAUAUACUUUUAGUGUCCUUCCAGAUAGCACUGGCCAAGGCCAGCAAUCAGUCGGUGCUGUUCUUGAGUCAGCUGGAUAAGCUGGCCGAAUUUGUUACCUUACAAUAUAUAAGAGCCUUCUUUAUAAACAACUAUUAUGCCAAAGAUGCCACUUCACCGAAAUGGAUUUCUAAACGGUAUUUGAAUCGCAUCAUUGAGGUAUCGACUUCGCUGGGUCUCGUUGUCUUCAUCGAGUAUCCGAGUGGCGUGACGCUGCUGCCAGAGAAUCGUCAGGUGAUCAAAUGCAUUCAACGUCAUAAUGAAUGUAAUGACUCCAUCACUUGGCAGGUGUUUAUGGAUGUUACCAAAAAAGCCGACAGUGGCGUAGAGCAUCUAAAGAGUAUAAUGAAAAUUAAUUAGGCA